AAUUAAUUUCAACUUUCAGCAUUCCAACGCAUUUUCAGCAGGAAAUGCAUUUUCUAGUUAUUCAUGUUACUUUCUUAUAUACUCUAGAUGAGACUGCAUUUCCCCGGACCACCCAGCACAUUCAAUCGAAGCAUUUCAUGAGACAAGUGCAGUUGGCUCGCCAGACCUUCCUGCACCCCUUCAGAACCCUGUGAGCAGAGCCAGAGGAAUGGUUCCCAUGCUGAAAGAAAACUAACGAUAACAACAUGGGUUCUGUUAAUGGUUUUCACAUUCACACCGAGGUUUUCCUCUGUGGAGAGGGGGAACCACCUGCACUUAGACAGACAAGUCUGUUCUCCCCCCGCCCCCCCCUGUUGUUUUAUGGAUGGAUGGAGAGACGUGAUGGGUUUCUCCACUGAGCUGCCCGGUUGUUUUGGUUUUGGUUGUAUUGAUCAAUCAUUAAGAAGGAUUUUAGAAAUGAAGGAAGGGAUUGAGAGCCUUUGGGGCACGCACGGUUGAGACUUCCAUUUCCAUGUGUGUGCAUGGGGGGUGCUGAGUGGAGAAACAGAAUGGAAAGGGGGGAGUGGAAAAAGGCCAGUUCAUUAUAUAAUAUAAAAGGUUAAAUGAUGCACUAAGCAAAGUGCACACACAUCAAUCACCAACUAUAUGAUCUCUCCAGCUGCUUCUCUCUCUCUCUCUUUCCGUUUUUCCCUCCAGCCAUCCUGAACGCGUCCAAGGAGGUGGUCCAGAGCAAGAGGCUGACUCAGAUCCUGGAGGUGGUGCUGGCCUUCGGCAACUUCAUGAACAAGGGCCAGAGAGGCAACGCCUACGGCUUCAAGGUCUCCAGCCUCAACAAGAUCGCUGACACCAAGUCCAGCAUAGACAGGAACAUCACCAUGUUGCACUACCUGAUCAUGAUCGUUGAGAAGAACUACAAUGACACGCUGCACAUCCAGGACGACUUCAGCAGUGUACCAGAGGCCGCCAAAGUCAAUUUGUCGGAGUUGGAAAAAGAGGUGCACAAUAUCAAAAGUGGACUGAAGGCUCUAGAAGCGGAGUUGCAUUACCAGCAGAGCCGGACGCGGGAACGUGGGGACAAGUUUGUGGCCGUGAUCGGCGACUUCAUCACCGUGGCCGGCUUCAGCUUCUCCGAGCUGGAGGACCAGCUGAGUGAGGCCAAGGACAAGGUAGAGAACUGCAAAACUGCUCCGUUAUACAGCGAGUUGUGUAUGUGUGAGACUAAGUUCAUAUGUCCAUGUGGGUGGCUCUAAUGCACCCUGUGCUAGUAGUCCUCACUGUUAACAUUCAUGAUGGACAGCCUGAAGAGGAGGGAGGAAGACAGAGACAGAAUACUGAAGGGAGAAACCAUUAAACCUCUGCCCGUACCCCUUAGUCUAGCGUGAUGGUUUCAGCAGCUCUGGGGAAACCCAGCAUUGACAAGAUUCCCCUCUCUUUCUUUGUGUUCGUCUCUUUGAGUUGGUGUAAUCCACACUCCCCUUCUUCCUACUACUUUUGAACCUUACUGGCUCAUGCAUUGAUGAAUGGUUGGAAGUUUGCAAGCUGAAAUCAUCAGCGGGACUGUGGGAGUCCCAAAGUUAGACGGUGUCGAAAAGAUUUAUGUGACCGUGUUAUUUAAUGCGCAGACCUUUUGGCGCUCCGUUGCACGUUUAGCAUCCAGAUGCUGACACAUUAGAAGCUUUAAAUCUUUUGUCUUCCACAUAUCACAUUCUACUUUAUUAUGAGGCCCAUCCUUGUUGCUAAAAUGCCCAGAUUACUUAAAUUCACCAAAAGGAUCAACAGAUUUUGAGAUGGACAGAUAGGAAGACAGGAGGAAGGGCCCUCAGGUUUCAUAUAGAGCCUCCCCUCUGCUUAAUUAUUUGUUCAAGGAGGAGGUCGGUAAAAAGGGAAAACGGGCCAGUUGGGACGUCAUGGGAACAGAACGGGAGGAGCAGGGCACCGGUUACUGCUGUGAAACAAAAGAACCUGUGUUCACCGGCCCAGACUCUAAACGUGUGUGUGUGUGUGUGUGUGUGUGUGUGUGUGUGUGUGUGUGUACGCGCGCCUGUGCCUCUGUGUGCGUGGUUGGUAUGUGGGGAGUCUGACGCAGCAACUCGGUGCUUGUCAAGGUUGUCUGACGCUCCAUGAGGGUUUCCAGUGGAAUACAAAUAUGGAAGUGUGGGUGUGCGCGCGGCGUUUCGGUCUAAAGUAGGUGGAGGAGAAUGACUAAACAGAGCAGGCAGUCCAGUGAGGCUCAUAAAUCUCCAUGGCAACAAAUGUGUGUGUGUGUGUGUCUGCGAGAGACCCACACACACCCUUGCCAGACACUACUACAUACAUUACAAAGGAUUACAGUUGUCCGAGGUCAUGUGGGUUAUUGGGACAGAGGUUUCCAGAGGACAGGAGGGAUUUUUCUCUUACCCAGAGAGGUCGGUCGGGUUUAUCCUUCACGACACACCCACACGUCAACAUGUUCUCAGACAAUACAAGAUCUAUCUCUAUCCAAUAGCAAAACAGCUCAGUUUCCAAGCCAUUCAUUCCACUGCUGUUGGCGGGGGAAAUAUAGAUGUGAUAUAAAUAUCUUACCUACAGGUGGCGGUGGACACGAGGUACAGACAGGUGUACCGGCACAGGAGCAGAGCUGGGGCGGCAGCAGAACGCUCUUGCCAGCCAUGGGUUAGUUUGUGUUAUAGUGUGACUUUGGGUAGUUUGGGUUCACCAAAGUCACACAAUGACACAAAGAAACCAACCAACCGAUCGAGGCAGCGGUAGACCAGUAUCCCCCGUGAACUGUGAGGCAAAAUGACUGUCGGAAACAUCUGUCUCACGACAAGAUAAAGUGAAAGUAUUCUUAAUAUAGCGUACAUUUAAAACCCCAUUCCCUCACCUCGUUUAGAAUGGUUGUGAAAGUCGUGUGGAUGGAUGAAAGCAGAUUGGGUUACAUUUGCAUCAUGUAUCUUCUUUUGCCAACAUUAGAUUAUUACACACCUAAUAGCCAUCUUUAGCAUUAAAAGUUAGCUAGGGCAUUCGCCAACUAUAGUUGACUGACAUGUGAGAGCGUGUUGCUGAGAUAGAGAAAGAUCUCCAACAAAGUUUAGUCUAUCUAAAAACAAUUUUAGUGUCAGAAUGUUUGGAAUAUAUGUGGCUUUUGAAAAUGGGUCCAAUAUACAAGAUCUAUCUCUUUGGUGACUAUGGAGCGAAAGAAUCGGUCAUAACCUGUGUUCACUUCUUCCAUUGGAGUUAAUAGAAUCAGGACAUGCCGCUAGUCUCCCUAAAGGGGCGUGGCAGUGGUGAAACCCACGUGACACAGAUACAGGAAACUGACAUAAUGUUUACCAUGCUCACCAAACAGUUUCCACAGAUAUUUGAUCAUAAAGCAAAGUAUUGCACAAGUUCAAAUUCUGACCUGAUGAUGGCACCAGAGGAAAAGGCGAGACACCACUGAGCUCAUAACCUCCCAUCCUGUGGAGGACAUGACAACGAGAUUUAAAAAGCAAUCCAUCCAAUAGUUGUCAACAAUAAAUGUCAACCUGAAAAUGAGAAUGGUUGGCUCUGGAGAGGAGCUUGUGGAAGUAUUAAGUAUAUGCCAAAAACAUGCCACUAUGGCCUUUUAAAAGUCUGCAGCUUCUCACUCCAACAGCAUCUGGUUUUAAAUCAUGUGACCAACAAAUGGGGUGUGUUUCUUCCAUGCUGUGGGCAAUGAAUAGAUGAAACACAACUGAUCCUUUUUAUGCACAUUAUGUACCAAUUUCCUUCAACUUAUUUCCCACUUUCCCUCUUUCAUUGAACCCACCAGCUGCUUAUCCAAGUACUUUAACUAUGACACCAUCACGCUACUAUUUUCCUCCUUCACUUAAUAAGCUGGUACAGACUGGCAACAGGGGGGGGGGGGUCAAGACCACACUGAUUUUCCUCGGACUCCCCUGUCUUCCCGUACAAGUUCUUUGUGUUGGAUAGAAACAUUUCAUAGAUGCAGUUGAGUUAGUUAGGUUUCCCUUGAGUGCAUUUUAAUAGCAAGUUCCCACGCAGAGCAGUCACAAUACCUCUGUAUAACUGGCAGGAGUUAAGCCGUGGUUAUGGAGAAGGUGCCAAGCAAGACCAAAUCCAUGAUGUGUUAACCAAAGCCAGUCUGAAACAGCCUAUAAACAUUUUUUGAUUUUAAACAACUUUAAAUCACAGUGCUGGACAAUGUCUCAGUAAACCUCCAUGAUAAACAAAUAUAGACACAAAUCUGAACACAAACAGCAGGGACGCAGUGAAUGCUCUACCAAGAAUACAAAGAGAUAUUUAGCCACUCACAUGGCGCAACAGUGUGUGUGUGACGAGAUAAACGUGUGAAUUCAUAUUCUCCGUGUGUGUGUGUGUGUGUGUGUGUGUGUUUGCUCAUUUAGAACAGACCCGAGGGGAUGAGAGGAAACAGAUUUGACCAGACACAUAAGGACUGGUCAAAUCCUUAUGUGUAAUCUGGUCAAACACAUUUGACCAGAUUACAGGAAGGAGCGAGAUGAUGGUGGGGGUUGUCACAGCGACCAGCCCAUAAUGACAGGAUGAUUUUGCAUCCUCAGAAAAGAGCAAGCCCAAACUCCUUCAUAUCACAACACUACAAACCACAUACAGUACACUCGCCUCCUACAAACUGGAAGGAUAUGAUGCUUUCAGUCCCUUUACUCUGACGUUGGAUAAGAAGAGACUGCUGCUGUCCAACUGGAAGACUGCUAUGUUUUGAGAUUGCACAUGAUUUGGGGCCGUGUGCCAGCCCAGUUAUUACCAGGCAGGAACCUCCAUGUCUGAAAAGAGAAGCCAAAGAGGAAGUGCAAAUUUUCCUCAUUUGCGAGUUGAAAUUUUUUGUUGAAUCAGAAACUAUGGAGGAAAAAAUAUUGUAGCUGUAGAUGGGGACCCAGAACUCUACAAUACCUGAUAAUAGUAGAGACCGGACAAAACUAUGUGUGUAAAUGUAUGUACAAACAAUUAUAUAUUUAAAAUGUAUUAUAUAAAAAUAA